AUGGCAAGAUCAAAAUAUAGUAGUGGUGGUGGUAGUAGUUACAAUGAUAAUGAUAGUGGUAGUGAUGAUGAUAGACAUUUCAUUUCAAAAAGUUCAAUGAAAUCCACAGUAAAUGUUCAACAACCACAACAAAAAUUUCAAGAUCUUUAUUGUAACUCUAAUACAUGGUCAGCAAGUAAUUAUGGAGGAAAAGUAAUAAAUGCAACUAAAGUACAAGAGAAACAAUUAUUAUCAAUUACAGAGCAUCCAAAUUCAAAAGAAGUUAAAAUUAAAUUACCUUUAAAAGAUUGGUUAGAAUAUUUAAAAGAGAAUAGUAAUAAAGAAUCAUCAAUUCCAUACUCAAUUGAAAAAUCAUCAUAUAUUGCAAAUGUUGAAGAUUUUAAUGUAUCUUUUAAAUGUAAUUUUGAAAUUCAUGUUUUCCCUGAACCAAAUUCAAAAGAUAAUAAUAAUAAUAAUAAGAAUAAUAAUUGUGAUCAAGUUCAAAUACCAUUAUUACCAUCAACAGUUUGUAUAACAUCAUCAUCAAUUCAAUUCAGUGGUAAAAAUGAUGAUGAAUCAUGUAUUGGUAUUUAUCAAGAUGCUCAUAGUUUAUUUUGUGAUAGAGUUGGUACCUAUAAUGUAGAGUUGAAUGUUUUAGCAAACUUUUUAACACCAAAAAAGAAUGGUGUUGGUAUUGCUUUACCAAAGGCAACUUUUAAUCAUUUAGAAAUCUCUGUACCUAGAAAAGUUAAUGUUGAUGUUGUCGAACCUUUAGUUAGAGAUAAUGUUGAUCAUUUAAAAUAUAAACAAGUUGAAAUCGAUGGUAAACAAUAUACACAUACAAUUAAAAAAUGUCCAUUCCAACCAACAAAUUAUUUAAAAAUUCAAUGGACUGAUGCUGAAAAUAAAAAUGAACAACAACAACAACAACAAAAAAUCAAUCAAAUUGAUUUAAGUUCUUCAACUGGCUCAACUGAAAAAGGUAAAGCUGCUGCCGCCGCUGCUGCUGCUUCUCAAAUUAAACCAAUUGAAGCAACUAAAUUAAAUGUUGAACAAAAUACACUUUGUUCAGUUGGUGAAGGUGUAAUUAUGAUACUUUCAAAUAUUGUAUAUACUGUAGUUAGUGGUAGUGUUUCAUCAUUUGAUAUAUUGGUUGGUAGUAAUAUUAAAGUACUUAGUGUUGAUGGUUAUAAUAUUAAACGUUGGGAUUGUUUAUCACCAAAUCUCAUAGAAAUAUCAACACCUGAACCAAAUAAAGAUCAAUUAAUAAAGGUUCAAUUAACAUCAUCAGUAGAGUCAUCAUUUAGUUUAACAAUUUCAGCAGAGAUUGAAAUGGAUUCAACAUCAGGUACCAUUAAUAUUUCAAAAGGUAUUCGUUGUUCUGGUAUUGAAAUUUCACGUGAAAAAGGUUACUUGGCUGUUGAAUCGACAGCAAACGUUGAAGUUGAAUCAUUGACACGUGAUAAUUUAACAUUAAUCGAUAAGAGUGAAUUACCAUCGGAACUAGUUUCAAUGUCAUCUGGUCCAUUAUUAUUAUCCUAUAAAUUCCUUGUACCAAAGUAUGCAUUAUCAUUCAAAGUUAUUAAACAUCAAGAUUUACCAGUAUUGGUUGCAUUUUGUCCAAGUGCUCAUUUCACUGCUACUUGUAGCUCAGAGGGUGCAAUGUUGACCAAAUGUUUAUUCACUAUUCGUAAUGAACAACAACAAUAUAUUCGUGUUACAAUUCCACAUCAAUUUGAAAUUUGGAGUACAAUUGUCUCUAAAAAAGCAGUUAAACCAGCCAUAGAUGAUCAAGGUUGUUUAAUGAUUCCAUUGAAUAAAUCCUCUGGUACAUCCUCUGGUGUUCAAAAAACUUUUAAAGUUGAAUUGGUCUAUAAACAUACUCGUGAUUUCGAAUUUUUAAAUGUUGGUACUUUUGGUGUAGUUUUCCCACAAAUAGAUAUUCCAAUUAGUACACUAUCAAUAUCUCUUUACCUUCCAACCGAUUAUAAAUAUGGUGAAUUCACUGGAAAUGCAAAAGAGAUCUUUAGAUUUUCAAAUGAUCAAACCAAUGAUGCUGAUGAUAAUGAUUUUGAAGGUUUAGGUGCUCCUAAUUCAUACUCAUCAAAUGUAAUGCCCCAACAACAAGCUUUCAUACCUCAACAACAAUCAUACAUAUCAAAUGUUGCUCAACCUCAACUUUCAAGUUUUGAUACAAAUGAAGAUUCAAGUAGUCAAAUGAUGGGUUUAAAACCAAUUAAAGUAAAUAUCCCAACAACUGGUCAACACUUUAAAUUAGAACAACUUUUAGUAAUUAGUACUGAAAUUAAAUUACAAGUUCCUUAUAAAAUGAAAAAAUCUUGUUGUUAA